ACAAUAACAAAACAUUCAUUCUGAGGUCUCUUUCACAAUAAGGAAGAAGAAAACGUUAGUGAAAUUAAUUUUUUUGUUUUUGUAUUUUGAAAAUAAAAUAUUUACCCAAAAAUGUUAUCAAUGAAAAUGAAAAUUGCAUUUGUGUUAAUUGGUUUGGCGUGUGUUUUACAAUAUCAAAACUGCGAAGCUCGUGCCCUAGAUGAUCAUUUAAAAGAAGUCGGAGAUUCUAUUAAAAAAGUUGGAGAUGAUGUUGCAGAUUCUUUUGAUUCAAAUGUGAAAAAACCAUUAGAGGACAAUGUGGAUGAAGCAAAUAAAUCUUUCUCAGAUAAAUUCAACGGUUUUCUUGAUAAGGCAUCAGAUUUGGCAUCACAAGCGAAAAAAUCAGCAUCAAAUGCAUUCGAUAGUGCAAAGGAAAGUGCAUCAAACGCUUUCGAUAGUGCAAAGAAAUCUGUAUCCAGUGCCUAUGACGAUAUUAAACAUAAAAUAGAAAGUUAGAAACAAUUCUUUUUGAAUUGAAAUUUCAAAAGUUGUAAAAUGUUAAAAUGUUUUAAUUUUAUAAAAAUAAAAAAAUUUGUUA